UUGUAUGCAAUGCAUCACUGCUUAUCGUAUUGGGAUUACGGUAUUCGACCUACCUCGAUCAGUUCGUAAUUUUGAAAGUACUAUAAAAGUAGUGUCAAAAAUGAUUCGUGUGGUAAGACCAUUUGUAAACAACCGAAUGGCGGUAUACCUGGCAAAAAAAAUAUUUAAUUUGAAUUUGAAUGAAUCAUCGUCAUCUACAAUCGUGAAAGAAUUAAACUCAUUCGAAGCGAGAUGUUUUUAUUUGCGUGGAUCCUUGCCAAAUGAUCGAGAACGGGAAUUUACGCUAAAAGUUUGUAAGUUCGCUGAUUUAGGUGAAAAGAAAGGGAUAAUAGAUGAAUUGAAUGAUGUGAUGAUCAGAUUAAAUAAUCGUGGCAUACCAUGCUCAAUCCCCCAACAAACAUCAAAUGGCCAGCUUUAUGAAAUGAGAAAACUGAGCGCUACAAGAGACCGUCAUACGCAUGAAGCACACAACAAAUCAGAAAAUUCCCCACUCGAUUGUGUUGUUCGUUUGCUAUCUUACAUUCCAGGGGAUAAUAUGCGAGGGGUACCCUGCGAUUUAAAUAUGUUUUAUCAAGUUGGCUGUCUUGCAGCCGAAAUAGACAAAGUUUUAAAGGGUUUUGUUUGUCCAACACUCCAAACACGAAGUCUGCGUUGGGAUCUCAACAACCUUCCCAUGGCCACAAGUGUGAGUAACAUCAUCAAGGAACCUGAGUACAAAGAACUUUUGCAUAAUGUUGAGGAUAUUUUUGAAAAUAGAAUUGAACCAAAACUUGGUUACCUCCCAAAACAAUGUAUUCAUGCAGACAUCAAUGAAACAAAUAUUAUAUUCAAGGAAAACUCUAAAAGAUAUGAUGCAGCUGGAGUAAUUGACUUUGAUUUAGCAUCUUAUAAUUGUCGCGUAUUUGAGGUUUCUGCUUCGGCAGCAUACAUGAUGACAAUUCAUUCAGAGGAUCCUAUUGAAGCUGGUGCAUAUACUGUAGCUGGCUAUCAAUUAAACAACCCAUUAACAACAGAGGAAAGUGACCUGAUCUUCUAUCUUAUUCAAGCAAGAAUGUAUCAAAGUGUCUGCUAUGGAACACUUGCCAGUCAAAUCUAUCCUCAAAAUUCAAAUUAUUUGCUUUAUACAGUGCAAAGAGCUUGGAAAACCUUACAGAUCUUGGCAAAUACCAGCAAAUCAAGAUUUGAUGAUAGAUGGCAGCAACUUUGCUACAAUCAGUCUCAAACUCCAAAAUGCUUUGGCAAGAUUAAGUGGUGACUUUUUCAUUGUGUCAAUGUGUACUUGAAGUUGUCUGGACUAAUGGGUAUUCAGCAAUAAAAUACAUACACUUUGGUUUUAUGCUUCUUGCUAAAAAACAGUUUAAAUUUA